GCAAAAAAACAUUUAAGAAUUAUUAUUGGAGUUGGAGUAGACUCGAGGGCGUUAUUACUAACUGAUAGCGAUACGCAAUAAUCCACAAUCAUGACGUCAGUUGCACCAGAAAAAAUGGAAAAGGACAAAGAUAAGGAUGAUGAAAUGAAGAAAGAGGCAAUGAAGGUCGGGAAGGCGGUCGGGAAAGCGGUCGGGAAGGAAGCUGCUAAUGCGGUCAUGGAAGACAUCGACGUCGAAGACAUUCCGGGCAUGGACGAGAUGGAAGAGCUAGGACCAAUCCUGAAGCUGCUUUGCUGCUGCUGCAAGGCCGCCAUGAAGGCGAAGAAAAAACAGGACAAGAAAAACAAGGGCAAGAAGGAUGAGAAGCACGGCAAUGAUGAUAAGAAAAGCAAGGACGCUAGCAAGGCAGUAGGAGCUGCGCUAGAUAUCGCAGGAAGCGCGGCAGAGGCGCUGCAUGAUUAGGAAAUUAAAGACUGUUGGACCCGUAUUAACAAAAAAUCUUUACAGACAAGUUGAAGGAAUUCAUUGAAAUUUCCUACGUGUGAAGCAAUUUAGUGUUAAGCUUUUCUUACAAUGCAAACGUGUACAACAGGUAAAUAUUGCUAAAAUAUAUAUUGUUUUUCCCUUUUGAAAGCAGCAAAAAUGGAAUACUUUAAGAAAAUGUGAUCUGAAAUUUUAUCUGAUAUACAACUUAAGUUAAGAUUUUUCGCAACAUUUAAGAUUUAAGGAACGUUUUUAAAACCAGCAAAAUGCCCUUAUCCACGACUAAGGCUGCAAACAGGUUCAUUUGUUUCCACUAAAAUCACUAAAACGAAGGGUAAGUAGGAAGGCCGAACGCUCAUUACCUUUCUUAAACGAUUCCCAAUUUGAUAGAGUUUUUAAUGGCAUGCAUAAAUCUUUCAUAUUUCUAUUUAUCGUGUUUUCUGUACGUAAUUUUGGUUUCUUUAAAGUAUUUUUCGGCAAAUAUAAUUGAAGAUAGCAAUAAUGAUUGCAAAGUUAAUAGCCAUUGUAAGGGGUUAGCAACACAGAUCGAUAACAAAACCUGCACUACAAAACGAGACGUGGAGGAUUGGCACAAACAAGUACGUCGGUCGGGUUAGUGGAAACAAAACACCUGUUUACGCCUAAAGAAUCGUGGUGCUUAAGCCACAUUCGCGAAAAUAAUUCAAUACUUAACUUAAUAGGUUAACUAAAAAACAGAUAGGAUUAGAAGCAAACUUAUAUUGAUUACUAGAACAAAAGGCAUCGAAAACAAAAUACAUUGCCAACUUUUAAAUGAAUCGAAAUUGUAUAAUAAAAAGGAUCGCAUUUAAGACUUUACUUAGGGGCUAUGUGGAUAGGUUUUGUUUUGUGGGGGUGGGGGGGGGGGGGGGGGGCGCUUGUGAGAUAUUAAUAGUAAAAUGAAUUUUCUUGCACGACCACUGCGGGCUUUUCUUGAAGAUUUUGUCGAAGGCAAUAACAUCAUUAGAUCUGUUUCUAAAGAAAUGUGUUGAAUUGGUGGUGUGCGAAAAUAUUAGCAAACAAAUAAACAAGACAAACACGUGUUAUGAGUUUACAUGUAUAACUUAAGGCUUUCUUUGAAUGGCAUUCCUUCGUCUUUGGUUUGUGUUUAUUCAUAAAACAUGUAUAGUGUACUACAAUUAUCAUGACAAAACUUAUUAUACGAUAUCUGAUUUCCCGUUGUGAGUGUUAAUUCAAUGCCAUUGCGCUGUUGACAAAGGUAAAUGUACUGAGAUCUACAUUCAUCGUUGAUACAACAUUCCAGUGCAAUAAUGACCUCAAUAUGCAGGCUUAAAUUACCGGUAAUUUGAGACAAUUAUAGAUCAGACUGAUUAAGUGUAUUGAUAUUGCGAAUAUAAUUCAAUCUCUGUGAUAAGGUAUGGGUUAAACCCUAUAUGCUGUGAUAAAAUACCGCACGUAUGCAUUAUAAGUGUGUCAUAUGUAUAUCAACUAAAUUUUUUCAACUGAAUGUGAUAAUAAAAUAUGUAUUUCUAA